AUGUCGCCGCACUUGGCGUUCAUGUCGAUCAGGGCGGCCAUGACGUGCGGCCGCUUGAGGUCAGCUUGGGACCGAGAGACCAGGGAGUCGGCCCAUCGAGCAACCUGGAGGCAGCCCAGCUGGGAGCAGGCGGAGAGCAGGCCGACGAGGACGUGCUCGUCGGGGCUGACCUCGCGGUCCUUCAUGUCGGAGAAGAUCUUGAUGGCGGCGUUGGGCUGGCCGUUCUGAGCGUAGCCCGAUAUCAUCGCCGACCAGGAGAAGACGUCCAUCUCGUCCAUGCGGAGGAACAGGGACUCCGCGGCGGCCAUGUCCCCGGCCUUUGCGUACCCGUCGAUCAGGGAGGUGAAGGAGACGACGUUUCUCUCGGGCAUCUCGUCGAACAGCUCGCGGGCGCUCUGCAGAUCACCGAGCUUCACGCAACCGUCGAUCAUCGCAUUCCAGGUGGCCAAGUUCCUGUGCGGCAUAUCGUCGAACAAGGCCCUGGCAGAGACUAGGUCGCCGGAGCUCAAGUGUCCACCGAUCAUGGCCGUCCAGGACACCACAUUGGGGGCCCUCAUGGCGAGGAAAAGCUUCAUAGCAGACGGCAUCUCCCUGCACUUCCCGUAGAAGUCGAUCAGCGCCGUGCCGACGAACACGUCGGCCUCAAGACCUAGCCGCAGGACGGCGCCGUGCAGGCAGGCGCCAGCGCGGAAGGCCCCCGCGCCGGAGCAGGACCUGAGGACGGGCGGGAAGGUGAACCCAUCGGGCCUCGCCUCCGCGCUCCGCUGCAUCAGCCUGAAGCAUUGCAGCGCGCAGGGGAAGGACGAGCUCUCCGCGUGGACCUUGAUGAGCGUGUUCCAGAGGCAGAGAUUGGGUGCGACGACGCGAUCGAACACCUCGCGCGCGUACGCGGCGGAGCGGCAGAGGGCGCCGCACAGGCAGAGGAAGCGGGAGACGACGAACUGGUCCUGCUCCAGACCGUCACGCACUAUCCGCGCGUGUAUCUGCCGGAGGGUAUCGAAGCUCUUGCAGACCUUUAUCAGGCUCACCACGGAGGCGUUGCGACUGGUGGACGAGGCUGCGGCGGUGGCUGCCAGUCGGACUAAGCUCAUAGAGCGAACCCGAGAGAGCGAGCGAGAGAGAGAGAGGAGGCCGGUGGCGCCACCGAUCAGGAGCCACGAUGA